AUGGUAAGCUUUUAUAAUCACAUUUAUAGACAAAUUAAGUCACUAAUAAUUAUAGUUGAUGGAAAAGGAGAAAUGGAUGGGAAUAAGAAAGAGGGCAAGACCGAUUAUUAUGCUCGUAAAAGACUAGUCGUACAAGCUAAGAAUAAAUAUAAUUCUCCGAAAUAUCGACUGGUAGUUCGUUUCACCAAUACGGACGUUAUUAUUCAAAUCAUUUAUGCAAAACUCGAUGGUGAUUUUGUCUUAACGGCAGCUUAUGCACAUGAGUUACCAAGAUUUGGUAUUAAAGUUGGUUUGACAAAUUGGGCUGCAACGUACUCCACAGGUUUACUUGCAGCUCGAAGAGUUCUCACUAAACUUGGAUUGGCUGACAAGUAUCAAGGUGUCACUGUACCAGAUGGUAAAGUGGCAACCAUCGAAGAACUCGAAAAUGCUCCACGUCCUUUUAAAGCUUUCUUGGAUGUAGGUUUAAAACGAACAUCUACGGGUUCUAAAGUGUUUGCAGCCCUUAAAGGUGCAAGUGAUGGUGGUAUUUUCAUUCCUCAUUCUGAAAAUCGUUUCCCUGGCUACGAUGCUGAAUCAAAAUCACUUGAUGCUGAAACCCUCCGGAAAUAUAUUUACGGAGGUCAUGUGGCCGAAUAUAUGCGUCUUCUCCAAAAUGAUGAUGAUGAUAAAUAUAGACGACAAUUUUCCAAGUUUAUUGAAUGUGGUAUCAAUGCAGAUGACCUUGAAGAACUUUAUAAAUCUGUUCACACAAAGAUUCGUGCAGAUCCUAAAUUCAGGUCCACAGAGAAGAAGGGUGAUUACAAAGUUUUCAAGAAGGUAAAUUAG